AUGUCUAUCAUACUCCCUGACUGGGUCGCGCACCACAAUGACGACAAGAAGGGCAAGCUCUCCACCAUCUUCAGUGUCGCUGUCCAUCCCGACUCGAGCCGUCUCGCCACCGCCGGUCUCGACACAAAGAUCCGCAUCUGGUCCACAGCUACCAUCCUCGACCAAGCAGCCGAGAAGGACGCCAACUCGCAUCGAUUGCUAUCCACGCUCUCGAGACAUACGGGCAGUGUGCUGGUGGUCCGAUGGGCGAAUUCAGGUCGCUUCCUUGCGUCUGGCUCCGAUGACACAGUAGCGCUCAUAUGGGACCUCGAUCCCAGCGGCAUGGGAGGAGGCAGCUUUGGAUCCAGCGAGGUCAAUAUCGAAAGCUGGAGACCCUAUCGCCGUCUCGCAGGCCACGAAUCCGACGUGGUGGAUCUGGCAUGGUCUGGCGACGACGAAUUCAUUGCUUCGGUGGGUCUCGACUCCAAAGUCAUCAUUUGGUCCGGCACCAACUUUGAAAGAUUACGCACCAUCAGUGGUCAUCAGGGUUUCGUCAAAGGUGUCGUCUUUGAUCCUCUUGGCCAAUACCUCGCCACGGCAUCCGACGACAAGAGUGUCAAAGUUUGGCGCACGUCUGACUGGAGCCUCGAGCGCUCCGUCACCGAACCGUUCCUCAGCAGUCCCUCGACCGCCUUCUUCCGUCGUCCGAGCUGGUCCCCCGACGGCAGCCUCUUGCUUUGCGCCAAUGCCACCAGUGGUCCUGUCUUCGUUGCCAGCGUCGUCAAGAGGUCGAAUUGGAGCAGCGACAUCUACUUUGUCGGCCACGAGAAUGCCGUGGUCGUCACUGCCUUCAGCCCAAAGAUCUUCAAGGGAUUCGAUGGCGGUACCCACUCGUGCGUGGUCGCGCUCGGCUCGUUGGAUCAGUCGGUCUCGAUCUGGGUCACUGGCCUCGAGCAGCCGGUCCUGGUCGCAAGAGAUGUCUUCGAGCGCCAAGUCAUGGACCUUUCGUGGUCAGCCGACGGUUACACUCUUUAUGCAUGCUCGUCGGAUGGCACCGUCGCCGUGUUCAGCCUCUCCCCGGAUCUUAUCUCGGACGCGCUCAGCGCAGAAAGGCUAGAGCAGUCUCGCGCCAAGCACGGCGUCAAGCGAAUUCGCAAUGUCGCCGCUACCUCUAAUGUAGCUUCGGCAUUCGGAACCUCGGACCGACCCAACGUCCUUCAGCCGCGCAAGGCAGGGCAACCGCAACCAGCAAGAGCGUCCGUGGCGCCUGUGCCGAUCGCAGGCAGCGUUCCUCACGUUCGUCCUGCAGCGAACAAGACGGAGCGUCUUCAGCAGACCAUCACUAUCACCGUGGACGGUAAGCGGCGCAUUCGACCAACACUCAUGGGAGACGAUCUGUCCCCCGCACCAGCCUCGGUCAUUCAGUACGCACCAGAACCGGCAGCAGCGCCACGAGCCUCGACAUCAGCCAUGCAACAUCAUCCAGCCAUGCGCGAGGCUGUCGGCGGAACCACAACAGAUGGGUUCGGGGCUGGCCCAAGUAUGAACGGAGCCCAUUCGGGCAUGUCGAACGGCCACUUCAAUGGUGCUAUGGCGGCCAACACAUCCGCGCACACGUCGAUACAGCCAAUGGCCGUGCCGUCGGGUGCCGUCGCAUCGUUGACACAGUACAUCCCAGUCGGUCUGCCAUUCGGCAUCAUGCCCGAGGGUGCCACCCCUGAAGACAUGAUGCAAUUCUGGACCGAGUGGCAGCAGCGAUUCAUGCGAGGCAAGAAGCGCAAAGCGGCAGCAGUGGAGGCCGAGACGGACACGGAGGACAUUGAGCCCAUCAGCAAGCUUCAAAAGGGCAAGACCAAGGCCGACAUCGGUCGAACGCUGGGCGGCGAGCAUCCUCGUGAUCCCCCUGGACCCAAGAAAGUGCUGCGCGAGGCAUUGACAGGGGCAAGCGGCAUCGUCGAGAACGGCGUACGCACUGGCGUGCAUCUGUCGGUGCCAGAGACGCUGAACAUCUAUCGCCGAGACGAAGACGGCAUCUCGAUCGAGAUGCGCAACUUUGACGAGUCGCGGCCGACAGAGAUUGCCAGACUUGAUCCUUCGGACAAGGACCGAGUCUUGUGGCUCGACUUUAGUCCAACAGCAGCGACACUAGCCACGACGACGUCCUUCUUCUCGGCAGUCGCACUGGAAGAUUCUACGCUUUUGAUCUACUCGGCGCGGGGGCGCAGGGUGGGCAAUCUGCUGCUGGACUCGGCAUGCUAUCGACUGGAGAGCAACGGCGUCACGUUGAUGGCGGUGACCGUCUCUGGGCUGAUGUAUCGAUGGAACAUCCGCGCCGACCACGAGAUCCACCGUCCCGUGUCGAUCCUCAAUCUGCUUGGCGACCCAGAGAACCUUUUCUCCAUGACGGUGCACGCCAACGGCGCACCUGUCGUGAUCCUGCACAGCGAGAAGGCGUACACAUUCGACGACAGGAAGCUCGGCUGGGUCUGCAUCAGCGACGGCUGGUGGGCGGAGCAUUCGGAAGCUUGGGAUGGGCGCACACGCAGCCGCGGCAGCGAGGCCUCAAUCCGCGACCCAGUGCGUGCCAUCGAGGCCGAGAUCAACACCAUGUACAUUCGUCGUGUGCACGGCGACAACCCGGUCGGAGCGCAAGAAGAGUCGGACGACGACGAGACGCCCCCGGUCGAGAUGAGCGUACCGGAAGACAAGAAGUCGGACUUUGUGAUCGCCGUCACCUUGCGCCAUCUCGAGGCGAGGAUGCAGGCAGCUGCGAUACUCGACAGCGCCAACGAGUACAAGAACCACUUGAUGUCGUACGCCAAGCGCAUCGCCGAGGAAGGCAUCAAGAAUCAGGCCGAAGACCUGAUCAAGUCGUUGAUUGGUCCCAUUUACUGCAAGCCCGAGAAGGAUCAAGACUGGGAGGCGACGCUUCUGGGCUUCGACAAACGCCAAUUGUGCGCUCAGGUGCUCCAAGUUCUUGCACGUCCACGCAACCUCACUUCGCUCGUUCAACCGUAUCAGGAGAUCUUGAACAACAUGAAGACCUAG